GCACCUCGAAGAGUAUUUGGCGCUGGUGUCGCUACAUGGUUCGUUUUCAUUACGUUCGACCACGCUUCCAACGCUUCUUCCCGUUUCCGUUUCCGAAGAUAAUAGGAUAGAUAAGCCUAGAAGAUGGCCAAGUCCAAGAACCACACAAAUCAUAACCAAAACAGAAAGGCCCAUCGAAAUGGCAUUAAAAAGCCUAAGAGAUACAGGCAUGAGAGCACACUCGGAAUGGAUCUCAAAUUCUUGAGAAACCAGCGCUUUGCUAAGAAACAUAACCUGAAACCGAAGGCCCAGAAGAAGAGGGCAGAGCAAAGAAAGGCGCUUCGUGAAGCUAAAAAUAAAUAAAUUCAGUUUAGACCAAUGACUCUAUUAAAAUAAAUCGAAAAAACAUA